AUGAAGUCGAAGGAGAGCCGGAAGCUUCGUCAAACGCUGCUGAGCGAGUUCGAGGGGUUGGAUCGCAGCACGCUUCACAUCAUCACCGCUCUCAAGACUACCGUGUACAUCUGCAAAGCGGAGGCGCCAAUCACCUCCUACGUGGGCACCAUCAAGUUCAUGGCCGAGCUCGGAGUCCCGAACCUUCCCUUGGAUUCCAAGGGAAACUACUUUUCGGAGGAGGCGUUGGCCGCGAAGGAUGCCGCUGAGAAGGUGACGGAGUUCAACAUCAUAGACCAGGCGGUGCGCAACGUGGUGGAGCAGCUUUCUAGAGGAGAUGCAGUCAAGCGGUUCGCCAAGGUUCUGCCGGCGACGAUCGUCCUGCUACACGAUUUCAAGCACGCGCUCUAUGAAACGGUCACCUCUUUCAAAUUCCGCUUCAUGCUUUUCUUCCUUGCAGACAUUCUUGCCGUGCUCAACGAGCUCAACGCCAAGUUCCAGAAGCAGCAGGUUGACAUCACGGUGGUCGCGGGGGAGGUGUCGCUCGCUUGCAGGACGAUCGAGGUGCGUUACGUGGACUGCGAGGAUCUUUUCGGCAACGAUCAGUCGCCCCUGCUCUACGCGUUCAUGAAGAAACACGGCAACCCCCAGCACCGUGAAGUCACCGUCAAAGGCGUGGACCAGAACGGCGACGCUGCAGAGCACGAGUUCGAGCUUCACGAGCGCAAGAUCCCAGGCCAUAAGACUGGCGGGGACUACUACUCCUGCAAGGCGGUGUGCCAGGAGUUUGCGAAGGUCUGCGUUGCGCGACUGGAGUUCCGCCUGGAAGACCUCAAGGACCUGGCCGGCUCCAAGCUUUUCCGGCCGUCGUGCUAUCCCGACGACAACGCGCAGCGGAUGAAGAAGUGCCGCGAGUGGUUGGGCAUGCUAGACCACAUGUUUCACCACCGCCUCUUUGGCCAUACCAUCCCAUAUGUAGGUCCUGCUGUUGUUAUAGUUAUAGUCAUGUAG